AUGAAUUUUACACAUAAAUGCUUUCUAAUUGGCACUCUAUUGGUGGGAGUUGCCAUAAUUUUGGCCGUUUCGAUCGCUCUACCGAAACCAGACAACUCCCGGGAAAGUGAACCCGUUUGGGGUUACCAAUGUGUGAACGAUCGCUGCGUUAAGACGGCCAUCUCCGAAGCAUCGUUCCCGCGCGACAAAGCCAUCAGCCUUCCCGCGUGUCGUCUGUUCUGUGGUUCUGGUGCUGGACUGCUAUGGCCACAACCAACCGGUGAGCUGCGGGUAGGCAACGAUCUAGCACACAUCGAUCCAGAACAGGUGUGGUUCGAGUGGAACGAAAAUUUCCACCAACUGACAAACCUGUGGGAAACGAACCGGGAACGAUUCCGGAAGCAGCUAAAAACGAGAGCCCAAGGAAAUGCGCUUAAAACGGGCGGGAAAGCGUUACGCAUUAAGCUUGACGUUGAAGACGAUUCGCUUACGCUCGAUUACAAAACAGACGAAAGCUAUCAGCUGGCAAUUGGGAAUGGGCAAAACGGUGAGCUUUUAGCUGCGAUAACUGCCAAAACGUUCUUCGGAGCACGUUACGGACUGGAAACAUUGUCCCAGUUCGCUCUGUACGAUAACAUUCGCAACGAGCUGCAGAUGAUUGCUUCGGCGAACGUGUCCGACUCACCCGCCUACCCGCAUCGAGGACUAGCGCUCGAUACGUCCCGGAACUACAUCGAUCCGGAAUCGUUGCGCCGUACGAUCGACGGUAUGGCUAUGGUAAAGCUUAAUGUUUUCCACUGGCACAUAACGGACUCGCAAAGCUUCCCGCUGGUAAUAAAAUCACGCCCGACGCUACACACGUACGGUGCAUAUAGUCGGCGCGAAGUAUACACGGCGGAAGAUGUCCGCCAGCUGGUACAGUACGCCCUGGAGCGUGGAAUUCGUGUCAUACCAGAGUUAGACGCACCGGCACACGUUGGCGAAGGAUGGGAAAAGCUCGGUGUGACGGCAUGCUUUAACUAUCAACCGUGGGAAAAUUAUUGCGUGGAGCCACCGUGCGGUCAGCUCGAUCCAACCCAGGACGCGGUAUACGACAUCCUGGAGGAUGUGUAUCGAGAGAUGAACGCCAUGUUUAACCAUUCGGAUGUGUUCCAUAUGGGUGGUGAUGAGGUCUCGAUCCGUUGCUGGAAUGCUACCGGAAGCAUUCAGCGCUGGAUGAAUGGACAGGAAUGGGGCUUGCAAGAGGCAGAUUUUAUGAAGCUGUGGAAUUACUUCCAAACGGAGGCAUUGAAUCGAUUGGACAAAACACUUCCCGCGAGCGAUAAGCAACGGCCAAUCAUUAUGUGGACUAGUAAGCUUACCGAAUCGCCCUACCUGGAGCAGUAUCUGGACAAGGAUCGUUACAUCAUACAGGUCUGGACGACGGGCAACGAUAGUAAGGUGAGCAAUCUGCUCGAGAAAGGGUACCGCCUGAUCAUGUCCAACUACGAUGCACUCUAUCUGGACUGUGGCUUUGCCGGUUGGGUUACGGACGGUAGCAACUGGUGUGCACCGUACAUCGGCUGGCAGAAGGUGUACAAUAACGAUCUGAUGGCGAUCGGUGGACCGUACGCACAGCAGAUACUUGGUGGUGAGGCGGCCCUAUGGACGGAACAAUCGGACAGCCACACGCUCGAUAACCGUCUGUGGCCGCGGCUGAGUGCACACGCCGAACGGCUCUGGAGCAAUCCACGGUCCGGGUGGCAAAUGGCCGAAUCGCGGAUGUUGCUGCACCGUGAACGACUCAUUAUGGCGGGUAUUGCGGCGAACAGUAUUCAACCGAAAUGGUGCCUACAGAAUGAGGGCAGCUGUCCGAUCGGUGGCGAUGGCGGACGGUCGUAA